AUGUCCUUGGUCGAAGGAGAUACUCUGGAGGAAAGGUGGAGUGAGAUGGCUGAAGACGAACGGCUGGAUGUCUGUAAGGAGCUGAGGGUCAUGGUGGAUGCAUGGAGAGCUUGGAAGCAAGAUGAGAGUGAAAGGUACAUCGGGAGCCACUUGAAGCAGCCCUUGAACGACAUCAUACUUCGGGGUUAUCCCGAAAACUCAGGGCCAUUCGAAGGCCCAGAUGCUGUUGAGAAAUUCCACACCACGUGCGGCAUUGAGAUCGACAACAAAAAGGAGAUUGUGUUCACGCAUGCCGAUCUUCUCUCGUCAAAUAUCAUGCUGACACCAGGGCCACUCCCGAGAGUUGCAGCCAUUAUCGACUGGGAACAAGCGGGAUGGUACCCAGAAUACUGGGAAUACUGCAAAGUCAAGCGAAUGAAUCAGUUCCCGGAGCCUCUGCAUACAGAAUGGGUUGAGAACUAUGUUCCCAUGAUGUUGAAACCGGCGGAUGAAUACACAAUCUACUGGACGUUCGUAGCUUACGCGCUUGCCCGCGCUUUCUAG